GUAGGUACCAAGGCCUCGUCAAACAACAGCUUCAUUCAACCUCCAAACCCGAACCCCCCCUCCUAUCGCGACCUACCUCAACUCCCCGACCGGGCACCAACACGAUUUCCCACCACUCUCUUCACGCGGUCCGUCAUUGCCCGUCGACCUCCCUGUCCCCCCGAUAAACCUAAUUGGACCCGAAAACAAAGUCGCUCACGCCCCAAAACCGCCCAUCAUGUCGCACCAACCGUUGACCGACGACCAAGUCGGUCAGGAGCUCCGCAAGAUGACGGCCUUCAUCAAGCAGGAGGCGAUGGAGAAGGCCCGCGAGAUCGAGAUUAAGGCCAAUGAGGAGUUCGCAAUCGAAAAGUCUAAGCUCGUCCGCCAGGAGACGGAUGCCAUCGACGGCCAGUACGAGAAGAAGUUCAAGCAGGCCCAGAUGUCCCAGCAGAUCACCCGCUCCACCGUCUCCAACAAGACGCGCCUCAAGGUCCUCGGCGCCCGCCAGGAGCUCCUUGACAACAUUUUCGAGGACGCCCGCAAGAAGUUGCCCUCCGCCACCAAGGACAAGGCCAAGUACCAGGCCACUCUUAAGAACCUGGUCCUAGAGGGCCUGUACGCCCUCGCCGAGCCCGAGGUCGUCGUCCGCGCGCGGAAAGCCGACUUCGAUGCCGUCAAGAAGGCCAUCGACGACGCCGUCAAGGACUACAAGAAGGAGGUUGGCAAGGACACGGCCGCCAAGGUCGACGAGUCCAACCCCUUGCCUGCGGAGAGUGCUGGAGGUGUAUUCAUCAUUGGCGGAAAGGGAAAGAUUGAAAUCAACAACACAUUCGAGGAACGCCUAAACCUGCUCCAGGAAACCGCUCUGCCGGCCGUUCGCGAGACCCUCUUUGGAAAGAACCCCAACCGCAGAUUCACCGAUUAAACCGCAUAUUCACUCCCUCCCCGAAGACGCGCGCCCUGCAAAAACCUAUAUAGCCCCCCUCCUCCUUUUCCCCCCACCCCCGGGGCUGGACAAAUGCAACGCUACACGAAGGAAACUCCCGGCGCCAUCCUGUUUUUGAAACCCCCUUCCUGUGGUGUAUCUUAGAUGUGCUGUAUGAAUGUGGCCAACCCUUGGCGUAUUAGGUAGUCAUCGUUAUACUACAAGUCUAUUAU